AUGACGAAUGAUUUAUGUUCAAUUCCAUUUUUGAGUCGAUGGCAAGACUUUGAAAUCAACCAUCUUGAUAAGAAGUAUUAUGUUUCAGGACAAAUUCUUUCCGCAGUCUCUCCUGUUGUAAAAAAUUUAAUAACCAAAGAAAAAGUCUUCCAUUAUCAACUUCCUCCAAUACCAGGUAAUAUACAAGACUUAUUAGAUCUUAUUACUGGCAAAGAAAUAUUCAUUUCAGAUUCAAAUGUUUUAUUUUUAUUUUCAUGUGCUUCAUGUUUACAAAUUGAAGACUUAAUUCAUCACACUAACGGCGCAUUAGCUGCAGUUGCUGAUAAAAACGAGAUUAUUACAUUAGUUUCAAGGCUAAAAGAAAAAGAUGUUGAUAUUACGAAUAUUUGUCAAUUUAUUUCAGCAAGUAUAGAUAAAUUCAUUAGACUAGAAAAAUUUAAACGUAUUGACAUAUCAAUUCUUACCAAAAUCAUUGAUUCUCCUGCAUUAAAUUGCGUUGAUACAGGAUCUUUAUUUACUUACAUUGUAAGCAGGUUCCCAGAAUCACCAACUGAAUUUUCUAAACUCUUACAGAUCAUUUGCAACAAUUAUUUGAAUCCUAUCACUUUAUCCAUAAUUUUAAAGUCUCCAAACAUAGAUAUUAACUCAUUAAAGGAAUCAUUGAUACCAGUAUUAGUCAAUGGAUCAGGUUGUACAUCUAUUUUAUAUGAUAAUUCUCAAACAAUUAUUCCAUACGAAUUUGGCAAGGAAAUGUCAGGACUUUUCGAGUAUUUCCGAUCACAUCAUGUGUUAUCUACAUCAGUUGAUAUAUCAGCAUCUUCUACUUUCGAUGAAAACUAUUCAAUUAAGAAUUUAUUAAAUACAAACAGAUCUCAAUACUUUGCAAGCAAAUCAGGACCUGUAGAAUUCAUCCAGAUACAUAUAUUGACGGGUUCCCUUGCUCCAACUCAUUAUACAUUGGUUAGUUGCGAAUCUGGAAUUUCAAAUUUGGCUCCUUGCACGUGGACAUUGUCUGGAUCAAAUAAUGGAAAGACUUGGACACUUCUUGACUCCCAAUCCAACAACAAUUCGUUGUUUUUCCCUGAAAAAGCCGUAAUUUUCCCAAUAAAUAAGGAAUCUUGGAGAAGUUUCUCUUAUUUCCAGUUUACUCAGUACGACUCUGGAGGAAUAAAGAACAAGAAAUUACUCCUCGCUGGAAUUGAGUUGUUUGGUGCUUAUACUCCUGGAGUUAAUUAA